AUGAACGCCGAUCACCUAUUGGCUGCCUCAUCGCUAUCCAAGAGGGGUCACCUGCAUCUGCUCGCUUCCAAGACGGUACGUGUGCCUUACUAUAACAUACAGUGUGUUUGUGUGUGUGCAUUCUUCAUAUUUGUCGUACGUUGUUCCUUGUUCCAGAAACAACGCACGAACGCUGAUCGGCCUUUGUUUCGUCCAUGGUGCGACGACUACUGUAGCAGCAGCAGCGGCAAGAAGAGAAAGCUAUGCAACAGCGACGAUCAUCAUCGCUACGAGUACUACGACUUCGACUACGAGGACAGUGCCCUGUGGUCAUCGUCUAAUUUUGCCAUGCAGCCGGUUACAGCUGCUCCCUUCGCGCCACCCGUUCCUUACGGCGCGAUGGCGUCAGCCAUCGGUCAGCUGUACGUCCAGUUCCUACCGAUGGUGGCCUCAACUCCCUGCAGCACCGGCGGUGUUCCUUUCUUGACCGUCGCCAAGCAACCGUCACCCACCGAAGCGGACAUCGCCGCUGUUGCCUUCGCCGCUGCUGCGGCCUCCGCCACCUCAUCUACAAUCCGCCCGUCGCCAUGGUCAUCGUGUGGUACCGGUCCUUCGACAGUCUGUCGAUAUGCGUCGCUUGCCGCCGCUGUGGCCGCUGCAGGCCCUCAUCCUCCACCCCCUCCGCAAGGUGCGACGGUCAUUGCCGUCUCACCUCCGGCCCGCAAGUGCCGUCGCUGUCAGUGUCCGAAUUGCCUGAAGCCCGAGCCGGCGGCCGACGCGAACGGUCGACGCGUGCACAUGUGCUGUUUUCCCGGCUGCGGCAAGUCAUACGGCAAGACCUCUCACUUGAAGGCUCAUCUCCGUUGGCACGCCGGAGAGAAACCGUUCAUUUGCAACUGGUUGUUCUGCGGUAAGAGGUUCACCCGCAGCGACGAACUGCAACGGCACCUACGCACCCAUACCGGAGACAAACGGUUCGCUUGUGCCCAAUGCGGCAAACGGUUCAUGCGUUCCGACCACCUGAACAAACACACCCGCACCCAUACGACCCCGACCCCAACCGCAGUGACCAUGGGGUCCACCAACACGCCAACGACGACCGGCGCACCCCUGACCACUGCCAUCGUCAGAUGA